AUGAAGAAAUGCUAUGGCGAUGAUUGUGAAGAAUUAACAUGGCGGGUACGUGUUGGGUAUCGCGGGGGCAACCUAGACAGGUUGCACAUGUUGGCGAACUUGUGGAAGAUGAAGCGGAGCGAUCACCGCAAGCUCCGCGAAGACUUUGGACAACGUCUAUACGAAUUGUCCAUGAUGUACAUGGACGAUCUACGGGAUGUCUAUUAUGCGCACUACCCGCGCUACGCUGGCUUCCGCUUUGGAGGGUUAGGAAUCUGGAAGCGUGAAGUGUACUACCCGACUUUAGAAGGCCAAGAAGUUACGGUCGCCACUACAGGAGUGGUGCGACUCUUUUGGAUCGACCCAACAGCACCGGGCAAUGGAAAUGUCAUGAUCACGCUGACAAAUGUUCCUCGUUCGCUGGCAAACAAAGUUCCUGGAGACCGGAUACGAAGAGGGCAACGAAGGGGCCGGGGCCGAGGUGUAUGGGCGGGAAUGUAG